CGCGGCGGUGGGGGGGAUCGUCGCGUGCGCCGCGACGAUGGUCCUCCCGGAGUGUCGCUCCUCAUCCGGAACGUGGCGCCCGAUAUUCAGUCGCAAGAUUUGCUUACCGCUUUUGGGCGGAUUGGGGAAGUCCGGGACGUUUAUAUUCCCAGAGACUUUCAUUCGCAGCAGCCCAAGGGAUUCGCUUUUAUCGAAUACGCCACGGCGGAACAGGCCCGAGAAGCCCGCGACGAAAUGGAUCGUUUCGUGGUACGAGGCAGGGAAUUGGAGGUCGUCUUUGCGCAAGAACGCCGUAAGACCCCCACGGAAAUGCGGGGA